AUGAAGCUCUAUAAACCCCUUCUCCUACUCCUGAAUAACUUUUCAUUCCUCACAGUCGGCACACUUAUGCUACCUAAAGAGCUCGCCCACGCGAACGUUGAAUUGCUUGAAGAAAAUCGAGCACUAAAUCGAGCACUAAAUCAAGUUGUGGAGCAAGUCCCCCAGCCACAAAACAGUAUAGCCUAUGGGUCUCCAGGCCUGGAGCAUACUUCUCAAGCAGACCUGCUAGCUCACCUUUAUGCCAUUGAAAAACAUCUUAUGGGAGACACGGAUCGUUUUUCACCGGAGACAGGGUUUCAAACAAAUUUUCACAAUGUCCAAGAAGUUCACGGUCACGGACUUGAUUUUCAUCUUCCAGCUGAAACUUAUAGUCAUAUAACAAAACUUAAAAGCAACAAGCGAAAAAACGAAGAAGCUCAUAUCAAUUCGGUUUCGUCUACCAUAAAGAAAGAGAAACAUUUGAAGUCUAAUCCAGAGAUGUGUAAGAGUUCUCUUAUUGAUCGGCCAUCAUCAUCAAACAUUCAAGGUAUCUCAGAGCAACCAAAUUGUGUUGCCGUAUCAAAAGAAUCUGAAGAAUCAAGAUUACUGGAUAUGCUUCACGAGGAAGGAAACCUUAUACUUCAGGCAAACCCAAGGCUACAUCACCAGAUAGCUUCUGAUCUUGGUACUCUGUUAGAUUCCUUUUUCGCGAGGUAUGGAAACGGUCAACAAUGGGGUUAUGGAAUGAUAAACCUCCCAGAAUCGGUUGAGAAGAUAAAGACUGAUAUAGUCACAAGGUAUUUUGGUGGUUUGAUGGUCAUUUUCCAUGAUGUUCAAAAAGGACCUUCUUCCAAAGACUUACUUGCUGAUGGGUGGAGGAUCCUGUACCAAGAACUGAACAUGGCAAUUUUCUCUCCCUACAAUGAAUUCUAUAAUCUUGCCGGACCAAAAAAUGGAUCAAGAAGUAAAAGCAUAAGCAAGAAUGUUCUCCUUGAAGACAUACUGAAGCUCAGAUUGAAUUCUACCAUACCCUCAUCCCUGGUCCCCAAUCUAAUUGAGAUCUGGGCCAAAGAGACUCCUUUCACCCCCCAUAAAUAUGGAAUCAAUCUUGAAGAAUUUCUGAUUUCAAAAAAAAUACCCAUGCCAAAAGGACAAAAGAGGAAAAGAAAAGCUGAAGAUGUUUCACAAGACUAUACAGUAGAGUCCUACAGUACUUUAUGGAUUUCAAUGAAGAAAAAGGCAUAUGAUCCUAAGAAUCACAUCAAGCAACGACUUUCAAGUUUUCUUAUAUAUUUUGGAAGAGUGGAGGUCAGGAUGCCCAGAACCCUUCUUGAAAAAAUUAAAACCUUCUUUGUCAGCCUUGAAAAGGAUAUUUUACAUGGACUUCCUGGUAUGGGAACCAAAAUUACCAACAAAACCAGCACAGUUCCAAUUAUGGAAUCAGAAUCCAUCAAGGAAAGAGUUCAUCUUGUGAUGAAAAAUUCCAAUGAAAAUAUUUUACCAGCUUUCCUUGCCAUCCUGUGGCUAACACAUCAAGAACAAGUAUCAGAGAUUCCAUGGGAAUAUAUGUGUAGAAGUGGUUGGGAUUUUCUAGAGGGUUAUUUUUCUGCUUGGAAACAAGUAUUGUUGGGAAAUCCUAAUCCUGUGAUUGGAGUUUCUAGAAAGAAGUUAUUCACAGAGAUUGAUUGGUCUAAUGCUUCUGACACAAUUAAUUACCUGGCAUUUCUUCCAUAUCAUGGGCAUAUGACCUUGGAGCCGGUGUGGGAGCUUGCAGAUGGAUGGUAUGAUACUUUGAAGAGAAAAGAAGGGGGAGUAAUUGGGGCUCUGGGACACAUGGUUUAUCAACCAAGUAGAUCAGUCAUUCAAAGAAUAUAUCAACAUAUCUUGGGGGAAAAGAGAGGGUCCCUGCAUGAGAGAGGAGAUGAAUCACACAAACAUGAACGGCUUCCAUAUGUUCACUCAAAGCCUGGUCGUGUUCUGGUUCACUUUGGAACACAAAGAAUGAAGAAGCAAAACCCACUUUGGGAACAGAUUGGAAGCUUUUUCAAAGAUCUUCAAACAGUCCUGCUUACAGCAUUGAGAUCACAUUCAGAGCAUAAAAGCAAUUUGUCCAGGAUUGGCUCUGUCCUGAAUGAUGAUAUGAUCUACAAUUCCAUAAAGAUAGCACAACAAAAACUCACACCACAAUUCAUGGCUCUCUUAAUGCUAAUACAUGCAGAUCAAAAUGAGAAUAAGAAAUGGAAAGCUAUUUGUGAAAGUGGCUGGAAAUUUUUGAAAAAUUAUUUUUCUGAAUGGAUAGAUCUUUUGAUUUCAGAUCCCCCACACUCAAUCUCCUUGCCUCAACCCCGGGAAAUAUAUCAGCUUGAUGAUUGGUCCAGCAGUAAAGAUGUAUUUCAAUAUAUUUCAAAAGCUUGUCCAAGUGAGAUAACUUCUAUGAAACCAGCCUGGUUCCUGGUGGAACAGUGGUAUGAGAAAAUUAUUGUUACUGAGGGAGGUACCUUCAUUUCACUUGGGUUCCAUCUUUCGCCUCCAAAUAAAGCCAAAAUCAGGAAUAUUAUCAAAGAACUUGAAAUCAAUCAACCAAGAAAUAAACAUUAUCAUCAUUAA